AUAUCCGUUCGCCGUCGUUUCUCCGGUCCGCUUCUAUCCAGAAGUUCUCGGCUGGGAGCGAAGAAUCGAAUGAAAUGGCCGCUCACUGCGUCUCCACCGUCCAGGCUGCCACCGCCGGAAUCAACCAAUUCCGCCACAGAAAUUCCGUCCAACUCGCAGCGGAGGAAUUAAAGUUUCCCUGCCUCGGUUCUCCCACCGGAAUUUCACUGCAGCCCUUCAAGUUCAGACCCUUUUUCUCGAAGCAUUCACCCAUCAAAGCCACAAUCUCUCUCAGCCUCCCAACCUCGAAUCCGGACGCAGUUGUUUCUCUAGAGAAUGCUCCCAAAUGGUCAUCAAAGUCGAUUAGGUCGUUUGCAAUGGCUGAAUUGGAAGCAAGGAAGCUUAAGUAUCUUACAACAGGGACAGAAGCUCUCGUCAUGGGUAUUUUAAAUGAGGGGACUAAUUUUGCUUCCAAAAUUUUGUGGUCCAUGGGUAUUACCCUUUUCAAAGUGCGUGAAGAAACAAUCAGGAUUUGCGGGGAAGCUAACUUUUUUAAUUUCAGUCCUGAACAUCCCCCCUUGACCGAAGAUGCACAAAAGGCCCUUGAUUGGGCUCUUAAUGAGAAGGUCAAAGAAGGAGAUGGCGGAGAGAUUACAACUAUUCAUUUACUACUUGGAGUUUGGUCACAAGAGGGGUCACCAGGUUACAAGGUGUUGGCUACCCUUGGGUUCAACGACGAAAAAGCUCAAGAGCUGAAGGCCUUAAUUUCGAAACCUGGUUUUAAGGAGGACUAGUAGAGCCUGUAGACACUCAAGGCUGCCAUUAAAGUUGAUUCUUUUAAUCCAUAAUGCUACACUUUGAUGUCAUGUUAAAUAUGGAUGAUUAUUCUGUUAUAUUCUGUAAUUUGGAAGAACAUAUUUUAUGAUGAAACAUAAUUUUCUCAUUAAAA